CAGCAUUUAUAAAGGCCGGCCACCCACAGAAGCUGGACCAACAGAUUUGUUUCUUUGUUUUUACUUUUCUUUUUUGUUCUAUAUAUAGACUUGCACACACAUAAAACUUUGUAGGAUUUAUAUCUGUUCAAAGCUUCUUUAGGACGAUUUCAAGGAACCUUCAAAACAAGAAGAUUAGAAAGAUUUCAGAGUUUCAGUCCUCUUGUUUCUAGCCAUUCAUAACUUCUUUUUCAAAUUAUAUUCCUUUCCCUCGAGAGAUUUGCUCUGGUUUUUCGUUAUAAGGAGAAAAAUACACACAUUAGAGUAUAUUGAAUUGCUGUGGCUUGAGAAAUUUGGGAUUUAGCAAUGGUUGCUCCAUUAUCAUCUUGGCCAUGGGACAAUUUGGGGAUGUUCAAGUAUUUGCUAUAUGGGCCAUUGCUUGCAAAGGGUUUGUACUCAUUAUAUGAAGAAGGGAACAUCAUAAACAAUUGGUGUCUCCAUAUUCUUUUGAUCUCUUUACUCAGAGUGGGAAUUCAUAUCGCUUGGAGUUCCUACAGCAACAUGCUUUUCUUGACAAGAAACCGUCGGAUUCUUCAACAAGGAGUUGAUUUCAAACAGAUUGAUAUGGAAUGGGAAUGGGAUAAUUUCUUGUUACUUCAAGCUCUAAUGGCUUCCAUGAUGAUUUACCUAUUCCCUUCGCUUGGAAAUCUUCCUCUUUGGAACACAAAAGGGUUCAUUGCAGUUCUAAUACUCCAUGUUGUAAUUGCAGAGCCAUUGUUUUACAUCUUCCAUAGAUUCUUCCACUCCAACCACCAUCUUUUUACUCAUUACCAUUCUCUUCAUCAUUCUUCCCCAGUUCCACAGUCUUUCACAGCUGGAAAUGCGACAGUUCUGGAACAUCUUGCGUGGAGUAUGGUAAUUGGAGCACCAAUUCUUGGAACAAGUCUUCUAGGGUAUGGAUCGACGGCCAUGGUUGUUUGUUACGUUUUGGUAUUUGACUUUCUCAGAUGCUUAGGGCUUUCCAAUGUUGAAGUUGUUCCGCAUCGGUUGUUUGAAGCUAUCCCAAUUUUUCGAUAUCUACUGUACACUCCAACGUACCACACCCUUCACCAUACAGAGAAAGGGACCAAUUUCUGCCUCUUCAUGCCUCUAUUUGAUGUAAUUGGAAACACACUUCAUAAAAACUCUUGGGAAUUACACAAGGAGAAAAGCUUAAAUGCAGGAAAAAAUGGGAGGGUUCCUGAUUUCGUAUUUCUAGCCCAUGUGGUGGAUGUAACUUCAUCAAUGCAUGCGCCAUUUGUAUCAAGAUUCUUUGCUUCACGUCCCUUUGUGACAAAGUUGUCCUUAUUUCCAUCAUGGCCCAUUGCCUUCAUAGUGAUGCUUAUCAUGUGGGGCCGCUCUAAAAUCUUCCUUUAUUCUUACUACAAUCUUAGAGAUUGGCUUCAUCAAACUUGGGUUGUUCCAAGAUUUGGAUUUCAGUAUUUCUUGCCAUUUGCAAGAGAAGGCAUCAACAAACAUAUAGAGGAUGCAAUUCUGAGAGCUGACAAACUGGGGGUUAAGGUCAUUAGCCUUGCUGCACUGAAUAAGAAUGAAGCUCUGAAUGGUGGUGGAACACUUUUUGUGGAGAACCAUCCAAAUCUUAGAGUAAGAGUUGUGCAUGGGAAUACACUAACAGCGGCUGUGAUUCUCAAUGAAAUUCCAAAGGAGGUUAAAGAAGUGUUUCUAACUGGAGCAACUUCUAAGCUUGGAAGAGCCAUUGCUCUCUAUCUUUGUCGACGAAAAGUUCGAGUUCUUAUGCUUACACUUUCAACGGAAAGAUUUGAGAAAAUACAAAAGGAAGCACCUGCGGAUUGUCAAAACUACUUGGUUCAGGUUACUAAGUACCAAGCUGCCCGCAAUUGCAAGACUUGGAUUGUUGGGAAGUGGAUCACUCCAAGAGAGCAAAGUUGGGCCCCAAGUGGAACUCACUUUCAUCAAUUUGUAGUCCCUCCCAUCUUAGCUUUCAGAAAAGAUUGCACAUACGGUGAACUUGCCGCCAUGCGAUUGCCUGAUGACGUUCAAGGCCUUGGCAAUUGCGAGUAUACGAUGAGUCGAGGAGUGGUACACGCAUGUCACGCGGGAGGAGUGGUGCACCACCUAGAAGGGUGGACUCACCAUGAAGUUGGGGCUUUGGACGUGGAUAGAAUUGACCUUGUUUGGGAGGCAGCUCUAAAACAUGGCCUAAAACCAGUCUCCUCCACAAAAAAAUAAAUCUGACCCUUUCUUCCUUUUCAAUGCAUUAAUCAAAAAAAAGUAAUUACAAAUAUGAUUUGGUAUAUGUGAACUCGAACCAAUGAAUUGAAGCAUUUCAUUAUUGCAAAGGCCUUUUUGUUCGUU